UUCCUUAAAGAAAACCUUUCCUCUAUCUGAUAGCUUGGACUUCCGUUUAGCAGAUUCAUUUCUGAUGUUCCAAUCGACAACAGAUGAUGCAUAAGGGUGUGUUUCUUGUGGUAAGAUGUUAUCGUCUUUGUGGCGAUGAAAGAAUUUUAGGUCUUCCGGUGUGGAUACAAUGCUCAUUUUGCUGUCCAAACAUGCACUUAGAUGCGGAUUCGCUGUUCCAAACGAAGGAUACGAAUUAAAACCGGUACAUGAAGUAUAACGCUGCAUCUACCUAACGAUUGCAAAGUCGUCCAUGUGAAUGGUGGUGGUUGUUUUGAAAUCACAGGACGAUGAAAAUUCAAGAACUAAAAAUCCUUCUGAGCGGCCAUUAUAUCUUGAAUACCUUGUCGUGCUGUCUAUAUCCAGUGCUGAAGAGCUUCCAGCCAUUCUGUACGUGGCUUUUUCCUAACGAUGAGUGCGAGAUGGAAUGGAAAGAUUUGGAGCUUCUUUGUUUUCUGGCAGUUGUCUUGGCUGUGAAAAACAGAAAAUUAAAACCAGCUUCUUGGCAAGAGUUUAUGUCCAUGUUAUUCAUGCUUUGUAAGAUUUCCAACUUUGUUCUGUUCGUGAGACAAGACAUCAGACUUGGGGUGCUAUAUCUUGUCAUUUGUCUGAUACUAUUCCUGAUAUUUCCAGAGCCUGCUUAUAAAGGACCGGACAAUGUUAGAUACUUUAGAGGACCAGGGCUUGAUGAAGAGCUUCUGCACAACCCAAAUGUUACAUGGAUUGUAGAAUUCUAUGGUCCUUGGUCACCACAGUGCGUGAGGUUAGCACCAAUAUUUGCUAAUCUAUCCCUCAAAUAUAGUUGUGAGUUUUUAAAGUUUGGCAAGAUAGAUGCAGGAAAAUAUCCUGUAGUGGCUAAAAGGCAUCGGAUUGAUUCUUCAGUUCUUUCAAAACAAGUGCCUUCAAUCCUUGUAUACGAAGGAGGCAAAGAAACAAAGAGAAGACCAACAGUAAACAUUAAGUCAGUUGUUGCUCCAUAUUCAUUUACAGAGGAAAAGAUUUUACGCGAUUUCGAUAUCGAAGAGUUGUACCAAAAUGCGAAAGAAAAGGAAAGAAACUGGAAAAAGGCAAACAAGAAUAAAGAAGAGAAAAAAGAUAAAUAACUGGAGACUCUGGCUGAUUACCUUCACAGCUUGGCGCUCUGUCGACGAGGACAGAAGAGGAGAAAAGAAUGAUACGUUAUUCAGUGCACAUUUUAUUAAUAUGUCGAUGUAUCAUUAUCGCUUUUUCAGCCUGUUUUUUUUUUUUUUACCAAAGUAAUAUUUAUGGCCAGUUGCGCUCGUGCGAGUCAAGUUCAACCAUGGAUACUACACAAGGCAUUUCAGUCCAGGGGCUUUAUUAAGUUUUGAAAUGAUAGAAGAAGGUCAAGAACUAGCCGGAGAGUUGAAGUGAAACUUUUUACAGAUUACCAAAGAAUUUUGCCCUUUUACGGGAGCAUUCCCCGACCCUUAGUGAAACCCCUGUCAGUCCUUCUGUAACUUUCCCCGCGACACAAGUUUUCGUCGGAGUAAAAAGCAAUUCGCGGGAAACAUUUUCGCAAACAUGUUUGCAAUUCGAUAUUAAAGUUUCGCUGUGUAGCAGGGAGUGUGUGGGUUAAUAUUAGUCCUACUUUAUAUACCUCUGUUAUUAGUAAGGUACCAUUUUACCUUAUACUUUUGUGCAGUGGAGAUAAACCUGAAUGCUACCAAGGGACGUCUUAUUUGAAACUGUCUUAUUGCUAAGAAAUACUUCUAAGUAGAUAAGAGUGAUUUUAUGGAAUAAAAUAAGACGUUGGUUUCCUGGA